AUGAAUUGGAUUCUGGGGGAGAAGUUCGACACCGUCUAUCCACACAAAGGGUCGAUUAAGGCGCUGUGGGAAACAAAGUGGAAAUUUGCUUGUGAAAAAUCGGUUUACCCUUUCCACGAUGGAAAGUACGAGGAUUUCGCUCCAAUAUUCGAGAAAUUAAUCGCGAACAACAUCAAUGACGCAUAUUCCGAUGCAUACACUGAAACGUUUCUGCCUUUUGCUGAAUCCCUGGAACAGAAGGCAUCUGCAGCCUUCAGCCGCGGCGACUCCGACAAAGCAGCCGCGCUGCUCCGCCGAGCCGCCGUCGUGUACCGUAUUUCUCGUUUCCCUUAUGUUGCGCCAAACGAGACGGGGAUCAAAAGAGGCGCAUUCGAGCGGCAAAAGCAAGCGUACCUGAAAGCCGCCUCGGUCUGGAGCCCACAACUCAAGGAGGUUAUAAUCCCACACCCGCAUCGAGCAGGCUUGGACGGCUCACAUAUUCCCAUCUACAUUCGCGUACCAGAAGAAGCGAGCCGUGACAGUCCAGUGCCAGGGGUACUGAUUAUGACGGGCCUGGACGGUUACAGGCCCGAUAACAGCCAGCGUUCCGACGGGAUUAUCAGUCGCGGCUGGGGGGUUGUCAUCUGUGAGAUUCCAGGAACAGCCGAUUCCCCGGCCGACCCGGCCGACCCAGAUGCUCCGGAUCGCCUUUGGUCCAGCGUGCUGGACUACAUGGCUUCCCGAUCCGAUUUUGACAUGUCCAAAAUCGCAGCGUGGGGCCUCAGCGCGGGUGGGUUCUAUGCAAUCCGUGUGGCGCAUACACAUCGUGAAAGAUUGGCGGGCUGCAUCGCCCAUGGUCCCGGAUCGCAUCACUUCCUGGACCCCGAGUGGCUGCGCAGGGUGGAAGACCAUGAAUAUCCAUUUCAGAUUGUACGCGCGUGGGCAACAAAAUAUGGCUACGAUGACCCAGAAGACUUUUGCAAGAAUGCACAGCAAAAAUUCUCGUUGGUUGAAACAAAAAUCGUCGAUCAGCCUAGCUGUAGGCUUCUUCUUUUGAAUGGUGUGGAUGACGGGGUCGUGCCAAUUGAGGACUGCCUUAUUCUCUUCAACUAUGGCAGUCCCAAAGAGGGAAGAUUCUUCCAGGGCCUUCCCCAUAUGGGUUAUCCCCAUAGUCUUUCCCCGUCGUACAAAUGGUUGGAGGGCAUUUUAGGAUCACCCCCGAGCUCCGUCAAGAAGUAAAUGCACGUUUCGUCGCGGUCAAUUCGUCGUAAAGUGCAACCCAGACAGAUACAGACGACAUCCAACCGCACCGCACAGCUGCUUUAUGCUACCACAUUAUAACAACCGUGUGGUCUAUCAAGCCAAGUCUUUCUUUUCCGAUGAUGAAGAUUAUUUGCCAUGACUCUACAUAUCGUGUUUCCAUCCCAUUGUCUUUUACACUGUGC